AUGUGCAAGAUGAAGGAGUUGGUGGCACUUUUGCUUAUGGCUGUGCAAUUUCAAAACGUCAAGCCCGUGAUUCACACACUCAAGUAUAUCAACACAGCGUCGUCUCAUAUUCCAAAUUUCCCAGAGUUCUUGGCUGUCGGUUAUGUUGAUGGUGUUCAGAUUACCUACUACGACAGCAAGAGUGGGAAAUUAAGACCCAAACAGGACUGGAUGAACAAAAUCACAGCCGAGGAUCCACCCUAUUGGGAGAGAAACACACAGAUCAAUAUUGGUAAUCAGCAGGCGGCUAAAGUCAGCAUUGAAAAUGCCAAAGAGCGCUUCAACCAAACUGGAGGUGUCCACAUGGUCCAGAAAAUGUAUGGCUGCGAAUGGGACGAUGAGACCGGUGAGGUGGACGGUUGGCAACACUACGCUUACGACGGAGAAGACUUUAUAUCGUUUGAUUUGAAGGAACUGAGGUGGAUCGCGGUCAAGCCGCAAGCUGUCAUCACCAAACACAAGUGGGACCAAGAGGACCAUGGCAAUCAAUACAGGAAGCAUUACUACACUGAGGAAUGUCCUUCCUACUUGAAGAGGCACGUUCGCAAUGGGAAGGACUUCCUCAUGAGAACAGAGCUUCCGCGGAUCUCCCUGCUGCAGAAGACGUCGCGGUCGCCGGUGACCUGCCACGCCACGGGAUUCUACCCUAGGGAGGCCGACCUGUUUUGGAAGAAGGAUGGCGAGCUCUUUGAGGACGUGGAAAUGGGCGCUACCCUCCCCAAUCACGACGGGACUUUCCAGACCACCGCCGACCUCAAAGGGGUGGACGCCGACGCCAAGUACGAGUGCGUCUUCCGGCUGGCCGGCGUCCCGGAGGACGUCGUCGUCCCGCUGGACCACGCGAAGAUCCUGAGCAACGAACGCAUUGAAGCGGAAGAAAGGAGGAAGAUGGCGCUGGUUGUCACUGUCCCGUUGGUGCUCAUAGCCCUCGCAAUCGUCAUUGUCGUCGCUGUCGUCAAAUUCAGAAAAGCCAAAUACACCCAAGCUGCCAAUUCUGAGCAAUCUUCCUCCAAGAGCGCUCCCGAGGCCGUUUCUCUUACCGCCGAGACCCCUUUAGCCGAGCCGGCUCCUGAGUGA